AUGGCCUCGGACACCCAAGCAGUCCCUGACGUGUCGGGAGGAGCCGCUCGCGGAGGGACGUGGAGUGGAGCUCGGGGCUGCGCAGGGGAGCGGAGUUGAGCUGCUGGGCUGGCCUGGUCAGGCAAACGGAGCGGAGACGUCGGUCGGGUAGCGGCGAACAUGCGCGUUUGAUACCUUGGAGGCUUUCUUGAUCAUGGAUGGUGAAGAUAUACCAAAUUUUUCAAGUUUAAAGGAGGAAACUGCUUAUUGGAAGGAACUGUCCUUAAAGUAUAAGCAAAGCUUCCAGGAAGCUCGGGAUGAGCUGGUUGAAUUUCAGGAAGGAAGCAGAGAAUUAGAAGCAGAGUUGGAGGCACAAUUAGUACAGGCUGAACAAAGAAAUAGAGACUUGCAAGCUGAUAACCAAAGACUGAAAUAUGAAGUGGAAGCAUUAAAGGAGAAACUAGAACAUCAGUACGCACAAAGCUACAAGCAAGUUUCAGUGUUAGAAGAUGAUUUAAGUCAGACUCGAGCCAUUAAGGAGCAGUUGCAUAAGUAUGUGAGAGAGCUGGAGCAGGCCAAUGAUGACCUCGAGCGAGCAAAAAGGGCAACAAUAGUUUCACUGGAAGACUUUGAACAAAGGCUAAAUCAGGCCAUUGAACGAAAUGCAUUUUUAGAAAGUGAACUUGAUGAGAAGGAAUCUUUGUUGGUCUCUGUACAGAGGUUAAAGGAUGAAGCAAGAGAUUUAAGACAAGAACUAGCCGUUCGGGAAAGGCAACAGGAAGUAACCAGAAAAUCGGCCCCCAGUUCUCCAACUCUAGACUGUGAAAAGACAGAUUCUGCUGUCCAGGCCUCGCUUUCGUUACCAGCUACUCCUGUUGGCAAAGGAACAGAGAACAGUUUUCCUUCGCCAAAAGCUAUACCAAAUGGUUUUGGUACCAGUCCACUAACUCCUUCAGCUAGGAUAUCAGCACUAAACAUUGUGGGGGAUCUCUUACGGAAAGUAGGGGCUUUAGAAUCCAAAUUAGCAGCUUGCAGGAAUUUUGCAAAGGACCAAGCAUCACGAAAAUCCUAUAUGUCAGGGAAUGUUAACUGUGGGGUGAUGAAUAGCAACGGCACAAAGUUCUCUAGAUCAGGGCAUACGUCUUUCUUCGACAAAGGGCAAGAAAAAGUCAUAUUUCCCACAUUGUUCAUGGGGCAGUAAACGGCUUUGACCCAGCUCCUCCUCCUCCUGGUCUGGGCUCCUCACGCCCCUCCUCGGCACCGGGUAUGCUGCCUCUCAGUGUGUGAGUGCCCAGCCUCCGGGGGGCUCCUGCCCUCCUCCAUCAACCCAGGACACCCACGCCUCACCCUUCGGCGCCUGGGCCCGGCCUGCGCCCCUCUGUCUGCCUCCCCAGGGCCGGCAGAGGGCGGGCUGCAUGCGGUGGCGGCUGCUGGGCCCUGCCCGGCCCCAGGACUCUGCGCGAUAUCAAUACUGGCUAUUUUCUCUUCUCGCCGUAGUGCCGUUGGUUUCACAUGAUUGCACUUUGUGGGUCACACAGUGAUACAUGCGUGUAUUACUUGGUCUCCGGAUACAGAAGUACCCGUUCAUCACACCUGCCUCAGCCUCCACCCUGCAGUACUGAUAGGGUUUAGUUGUAUUUAGGACACUGCAAAUCUUCUAGAAGUUCUCUCCCAAAUCAGGUCAACAUGCGCCCUCCUGAGCUCCCACCCGAGCGUCUGCAGUGCUCACAAUCAUGUGUCCCCCAGCCCCGCCCCACACAAUUUGGGCCUGUUGCUGGCAGAGUCAGGAAGGUCAUUGAGUUAGGGAACAUUUGCUGCACCUUCUGAUUUGACUUCAGCAGUUGUCAUGCUGUAGACCUGCCCCCCAGAGCAGGGGCGUCCGGGGCCUGGGCACAAACAGGGCUGGGCCUCUGUGCUGUCUCCUCCUCUGGGUGCCUCAGACCAGGGGUGGAGGUGGUGGCAUUUCCGGUCCUUCAGUUAAGUGACGGCUUCACAGCUUUUUUGUUUUGUCUUCUGAGGGCCUCUCUAGUGUGGGUAGGAAGGAGUGAGUGGCCUGAUUCCAGGGGCUGGCUGGUGCUGGCUCCGGGGGGCAGAUGGGGUGGCUGUCCCUGUGCGUCCUUUGAUUGCUCUCAUGCUGCGUUUACUGUUUACAUUUGUUUUAUUGUACAUAGGUUUGUAAACAUUAUUGCCUAAGAUAUUUGUAUAUAACUUGGGCUUUGUAGCUUUUAUUUAUUCAGAACUCAUAUGGCAUGUUAAUGACUUACGAUGGUGUCCUACUCUGGGCAGCUGUAUAGGAUCAUCAUGUGGUUAAAAAAAAAAAGAAGAAAAUAUUUCCCCUCAAAAAAAAUCUUUUAAUGUGGAAAAAAUAAAUUUCACAAAAAAAAGUA